GCUUGUCCUCUGUAGUCACUAAUCAGUCAUUUUGGUCAGCUGUUUGGUUUACUGUGCUGCAGCCUGCAGCAGUUAGACAAUUAACCACAAACACAGUCUGAAAGACAAGAUCUCUCUCACACACACAGGCAUAUAUUCAUCUUAAUUUUAAAGGGUCGCUCCAUGGAUUUUGCACAGCUCAGUAUAAUUGUAUAUAGGCCUCUGCCAAGGGGGAGUAUUUAGUCUGUGAAAACACUAGUAGGCAUCUUCUGUGGCUUGGGAGGAGCUCCCUAUAAGUAGCCUAGCCUAUGUAUAGGCUACAGGUUAAAUCUGAGAAAACAGGGAUUUGGAUUCUGUUGGAUUGGGACAGUCAAAUUUGAAACAGAAACUCUGUUAGAAACUGGGUUUGAUUAAGCCUCAUCGUUGCUGACCAGAAUGAUUGACGUUCGGGAAUGGGCAGAGUAUGUGGUGGAGUGGGCUGCCAAAGACCCCUAUGGUUUCCUCACCACUGUCAUACUGGCUCUCACACCUCUCUUCAUUGCCAGCGCACUGCUGUCCUGGAAACUGGCCAAGAUGAUCGAGGCACGUGACCGGGAACAGAAGAAAAAGCAGAAGCGUCAGGAAAACAUAGCCAAGGCCAAGAGGACCAAGAAAGACUGAGCCUGUGAGGGUACAAUGAGGGCAUAAGAAAGGAGGAGCAACCUCCAUGCUCACAGCCCUCCUUACUCCAAAUAAUGACACAGUGCCCUUCCUUGUCCCAGCCCUACUGUCAGCACAGGGCCACUACGCCUCAUGUCCGGGGUAGGAGGAGGGACACUGGCUCCACAGUGCUGAGAUGGACAGUACUGCCCGGAGAAGGCUCGUCCCAGUGGGACUUCGGUCAGCAAGAGCACAGUGGUCAUCUGUAUGAUUUUUUUUCCUUAGUUUUUUUUUUUUUUUUAGAGAGGUCCGCUGAUAAUAUUGUGCAGCUGUUGCAACACCUUGCAUUCCAUUGUUAGCGUCCAUGUUCUGCUGAAUUGACGAUGUAACGAGCAAUCUGGAACUUUUUCCAAGUCACUUGCAAAAUAUCCUAAAUACUACUUUCUAAUCAAUAAAGUUUUCAUGGUUGAUAAGAAAA